GGCGGGGCGGUGCCGGGCACAGGAAGCGGAAAGCGGCGGCAGCAGCGACGGCGGCCGCCGCCGGGGGAGGACGGCACGGCGGCGGGUCGGUGCCGGGAGCGGCAUGGGGCGGCCGCGGGUGGGAGGUCGAUCGUGAGGAGCCAAGCACCCUCCCUUCCCUCCCCUGUGGUCGGAUGCCUUGUAAAUGAAGCUCACUCGCUCCCUGAGGACCAGGCCUCACUGAUGACGGGGAAGCAAAGAGUACCCAGGAAAGCACUUUUACCACAGACUCCACCUUGGGAGCACCAGGAACUCAUCUGCUAAGUAACAUCUGUGCCUCUUCCGUGCAGAUGUCUGCUGCAAUGGAUACAGAAUCAACAUAUUCGGGAUACUCCCACUACUCAGGUCACUCCAAAAAAGCCCACAGACAAGGGAGUCGGGACAGGCACAAAUCACCGCGAAGCAAAGAUGGCAGUCGGUCUGAGAAGUCCGUCACUAUCCAGACACCUCCUGCAGAGCCGCUGCUUGGGAACGACGCCUCUCGGGCAGAGGAGGGCCAGGAUGACAACUGGGGUGAGACCACAACAGCAAUCACAGGCACCUCUGAGCACAGCAUUUCCCAGGAGGACAUUGCCCGUAUCAGUAAGGAUCUGGAGGACAGCGUUGGGUUGGACUGCAAACGUUACCUGGGCUUAACCGUGGCAGCUGUUCUCGGACUCCUUGUCUUCCUUACCCCCAUCGCCUUCAUUCUGUUACCCCAGAUCCUGUGGCGGGAUGAUCUGGAGCCGUGUGGUACUGUCUGUGAGGGACUGUUCAUCUCUGUGGCGUUUAAACUCCUCAUUCUUCUGAUUGGGACCUGGGCUUUGUUCUUCCGCCAGCCUAAGGCAGAUUUACCAAGGGUGUUUGUGUUUCGGGCCCUUCUGUUGGUCCUCAUAUUCCUGUUUGUGUUUUCCUACUGGCUCUUUUACGGCGUUCGCAUCUUGGACUCGAAGGACACCAACUACCAAGGAAUAGUGCAGUACGCGGUGUCUCUGGUGGAUGCCCUGCUCUUCAUUCACUACCUGGCCAUCGUGCUUCUGGAGCUGCGGCAGCUGCAGCCCAUGUUCACUGUCAAAGUAGUUCGGUCAACCGACGGGGAGUCACGAUACUACAGCUUGGGGCACUUAAGCAUCCAGCGAGCUGCACUGGUGGUUCUGGAAAAUUACUACAGAGAUUUCACAGUCUACAACCCAGCUUUGCUAACAGCCUCCAAAUCCCGUGCAGCCAAGCAUAUGGCUGGACUGAAAGUCUACAAUGUGGAUGGCCCAGGUAACAACGUGUCGGGGCAGUCCCGUGCUAUGAUCGCAGCUGCGGCACGUCGCAGGGACUCCAGUCACAACGAGCUCUACUAUGAAGAGGCUGACCAUGAGCGCCGAGUCAAAAAACGCCGUGCAAGGCUUGUGGUUGCAGUAGAGGAGGCUUUCACUCACAUCAAACGCCUUCAGGCAGAGGAACAGCAGAAAGCUCCAGGAGAGACGAUGGACCCCCGAGAAGCAGCCCAGGCGAUCUUCCCCUCCAUGGCAAGAGCUCUGCAGAAGUACCUUCGCACCACCCGCCAGCAACAGUACCACAGCAUGGAGAGCAUCUUGCAACACUUGUCCUUCUGCAUCACCAAUAACAUGACACCAAAGGCAUUCCUGGAGCGUUACCUCAACCCGGGCCCAACCCUCCAGUACGACAAGGAUCGCUGGUUCUCCAAGCAGUGGACACUCGUCAGCGAGGAAGCGGUCACAAGCGGGUUACAAGACGGCACUGUGUUUGUCCUCAAGUGCUUGGACUUCAGCCUUGUUGUUAAUGUGAAGAAAAUCCCCUUCAUCAAACUCUCAGAAGAGUUCAUAGACCCUAAAUCUCAUAAAUUUGUCCUCCGCUUACAGUCUGAGACUUCAGUCUAAGGGAUUUUGAGGGUGGGUUGUUUGGGGACAUUUUUUUUUUUCAAUAUUGUGCUUUUGGGUUUAAUUUCCCUAAUGCUGACUGAAACUGGCAGAUGAUGGACCAGUAAUAUUUGACCAUCUGCACUUUAUUUGGAAAGGGGAGGGGGGUGUUGGGAUAUCUUAUCUAGAAAGAAAUAUCUUAAGAGGUGACAGGGUGACUUGGCUCAGUUAGCUCAGCCUUGGAGGCAGAACAGAUUUUUUUUUUCAUUUUUCUUUUCCCUCCCCUUUCCAGGCAUACUGUAAAUCUCAUGCUCUCUUCACAAGAUUGCAAUGUCGGUAUUUUUGUUGGAGUGCUGCCUUAUGCCACGUGCACCCUUUUGCUUUUGUGUCUCUGCUUUUGCUACCUGUAGCUGUUGCUCACGUCCCCGCUGUAGAAACCUCCUUGUGUGGGGGGUUGUGACAGUCCCUGUUCACUCAGGGAGGAUAUUGAAGGGUGGAUGUGAGAGGAUUCUGCCUCUGUGAGCCACCUAAUCUGGAGAAUGAAGACUUUUAUUCUUUUUCUCCCCUCCAUGUGUCAGUGCUGGACCUGUAUGAGUGUAGUGGGGUGGUUUUGGUCUCUCUAUAUCUGAAAUUGCUUGUUUUGAACUGGAUCAGCCCAUCUUGCAGAUCUAUUUUACCAGUGCUUGUUAAUGAAACUGUUCUGUGUGACACAGCUCCCUGUUAUCUCUCACCUGCUUGCCCAUAUCUUUGUCAGGCACUCCCAAGGCUCCCCAUUUCUGUCCCCUUCUGUCUGGCUUUCCGAAUGUGUUUCUCCAGCCACAGUCCCCUCAGGGUCUGCCUUACUGCCGCUUCCUUUUGCACCUGCAAGGGCUGUGUAUUUGAACCAGGACAGGGUAGGCAAGUAGCUGGCUCCUCCUCAGAUAAAUUACAGGCCCUCCCUGUGUCUGACAGCCUCUUUGAGGGGAAGGGGCUGCAGGCAGGAAUGCACCCCUCCCUCUCUAGCUGGCUUUGAGUGUGUCUGGAGGAAAGAUGUGCAAAAGCACUUCCCUGCUUGAGGAGAGGAGCCAGGGAAGGGCUGAUCUCAGCCAUGUGCACUUGCUCUGGAGAGCUGCUGUGCUCUGGAAACACUGCAGUAUGUCCUUCCCCACCGUACGCCUUCAGCUAUAGCUAAGAAAUACCAAACUAUAUCUGAAUGUUGAAUAUCUCCUUGCCUUUUUUGGCCUUUCUGUGCUGCUCAGUGCCGGGAUCUGCUCCUGUGAGAGAUGCGUAGCUCUUACAUUGCAGUUUGGUUUGUCCAGCUGCCUUUGCCCAUCAGUGCAGCUUACAUGUGUGAUUCCUGUCAUCUGAGAUUUGUGGAGUUUUGAGAAGUUUGCUUUUAACAAUGAACCUAAACUGGUGUCUGAAUGGUUGCCAGCACAGGGUAUCUUGUGACUCUGGAGCCACCUCCAGCGCUGGCAGUGACCUGCAUUUGGUCAGGUGUCUCUGAGAGCCCCCCAGCUCUGUGGCCGUGGAUUUGUGUGUGUGAAUGCAAAUGCUGGAUUCAUUCUGCCCGGUCUUUUGCCAUGCAAAUGUUUCUAUCGGGCAGGAGUUGACAUGCCCUUCAUACAGAUGUCUUAACACAGAGGGCCCCGGUUCAGCAAGGUACAUAAGCCAGUGCCUUUCACUGCCAGGGUGCAUCAUCUUCUGAGGAGGCCUGUGACACCCCUUCCCAUCCCCUUUGGCCUUCCCUGGGCUGGUCUCUGCUCUCAUCAGUGGGAGGUGGCCCAGCUAAGACCAGGGAGUGGGUCUCUGCCAGUCCUGCAUAGCAUAGCUCAUGUGGGCCGGCCAGUGCCCACCACAAGCUGGUGGGAGGGAGCAGUGACCAUAAGUGGGGUGCUAGGGACAGGGCAGGGGUGUCCAGCAUCUUCCAGCUUCAGCAGCGAGGGAGCUGCAUCUUCAAUAGCACCUGCAGAUAGUCCUCUUGGGAUCAAGGGAACACCCUGGUGAGCAAGGGUCUGGAGUGGUGAUUCCCCAUCCAAGUGACACCUGCAGUUUCCUCCACCUUUCUACAAGUGCAUCGUCGUCACCUGGGUCUUGUAUUCUCCAUGUAAUGUGCCAGAUGUAGUUGCAAAGAAACUAGGUGGUGCGGUACAUGACAGGAUCAUGCCCACAUCCCUUAAAGGAUGGGAAGUAGAGUUUUCCUGUCUCUGAACUUAGUGUUUUGGUUUCUUUCUAUGUCAGGAUUUCCAGUAGUCUGUAUGGGGACUCCUUUAUUAACUGUGGCCUUCGCAGUUGUAUUAUUUUGAAAAAUUAGACUGGUUCAGUCUUUUAUCUUAAAAAAAAUUAAAAAUAAGGAGGGGGAGCAUAUAGUAUCUCACGCUUUGUUCUCCUAAAGACGUGUGUAUCUGGCUUCUGCGAUGUGCAUAAUCAGCAAGGUGGGAGAGACUCGCAGUAGCUUGGGAGACCAUGGAGCGCAUCCAUCUGUGUGGAGGCUACUGCCUGUGGCUGAACUGGCUCAUUUCUGUGAAGCCAGAACAAGAACCACCUUGCCGGGGGCUUGGGAGCAACGUGUGUGUGAGAGCACCUUGUCACAGGCACCUCUGCAAAACUUUCUUAUUUUCCCAGGAUCUCUUUCCCUUUUUUAUCCCCCCCACAGGGGGGGGUUGUCUGACACUGUCUGCUCAGGAAACUCCUGUCUUAAUUGCGUUAAGUCAUUGAACGCACGGAGAACCAGACGGCAGCGGCGUGUGCUUGCUCUGAGUCUGCUUUCUCGUCUGUGUGCUGUGGUUCUGCGCUGCCGUUUCUGCCUGCCGCUGAAAAGGACACUGUCAACAAGGGGCCAGCUCCUACAUUAAAUGCUCUUCCCUGUGUUAGCAGUGUGAGUGCUUUGCCUGAUGAAAUCUAAAGGAGAGGACUUGGCCUCUCAGAUGGUUUUUCUAGAGAUGCAACCUGCUUAGGGAUGAGGAUAGACUAAAUGGGGAAUUGGGGCUCCUGAGUAUUCCAUGUUCAUUUUGUGGUUUUUUUUUAAAUGACAUUUUAUUUUUCAGGGUCUCUCUUGUUUCCUCUCUCUGUGCAAAAUCAGGGGACCACUGUCAUACCUACCUCACUGGGGUGCUGUGAGGCUAAACUCAACUUGUCAAGUGCUUUGAGAUCCACAGAUUCAUCUGUGGCAUCUAUAGGGAUUCAGACUCUUUAUUAAAAAUACUGAGCAGUGA